UCUGCGCUCGCUGUUGCCUCCCGCGAGCCUGGUGCCGACCGCCUUUUCCGCGUCUCUCCGGACCCUCGCCGCUUUGAGACCGUGCCUGGGGAGCGCCGGCCUGUGGGAUGGGCGGGAUGGGGGCGCCGUCGCCGGAGAUGGGGGUCCGGGCCCCCACCCCUCGCCCUACCCCCACCUCCCGCGCGCAUCUCUUGCGCACAACAGUGAAGGCUACAAAUCUGGGUCACAGCUGAGGAAGACCUCGGACAUGGAGUCCAGGAUGUGGCCUGUGCUGCUGCUGUUCCACCUUCUCCCUCUGUGGCCGCUGCUGCUGCUGUCCCUGCCACCGCCUGCCCAGGGCUCCUCAGCUUCCCCUCGCACCCCACCAGCCCCGGCCCGUCCUCCGUGUGCCCGGGGAGGCCCUUCAGCCCCACGUCACGUGUGCGUGUGGGAGCGAGCACCUCCACCCAGCCGUUCCCCUCGGGUUCCAAGGUCACGGAGGCAGAUCCUGCCAGGCACUGCACCCCCUGCCACCCCCUCAGGCUUUGAGGAGGGGCCGCCCUCGUCCCAGUAUCCCUGGGCUAUUGUGUGGGGCCCUACAGUGUCUCGAGAAGAUGGGGGUGACCCCAACUCUGCCAAUCCUGGCUUCCUGCCCCUGGACUAUGGCUUCGCAGCCCCCCACGGGCUUGCCACCCCACACCCCAACUCAGACUCCAUGCGGGGUGAUGGAGACGGGCUCAUCCUGGGAGAAGCUCCUGCCACCCUGCGGCCAUUCCUGUUCGGGGGCCGUGGGGAAGGUGUGGACCCCCAGUUGUAUGUCACAAUUACAAUCUCCAUCAUCAUUGUGCUGGUGGCCACGGGCAUCAUCUUCAAGUUCUGCUGGGACCGCAGCCAGAAGCGGCGCCGGCCCUCUGGGCAACAAAGUGUCCUGAGGCAGGAGGAGAGCCAGCAGCCGCUGACCGACCUGUCCCCGGCGGGAGUCACUGUGCUGGGGGCCUUCGGGGACUCGCCCACCCCCACCCCUGACCAUGAGGAGCCCCGAGGGGGACCCCGGCCUGGGAUGUCCCAGGCCAAGGGGGCUCCAGCCUUCCAGUUGAACCGGAUUCCCCUGGUGAAUCUGUGAUGCUUCCCAAUGUUGGGGGGCUGCCAAGCAGGAGGCCGAGGGGCCAGCACAGCCCUCAUCCCAUGAGGGAGGGCUGCUGUGAGGAGCUGGGGCCGCAGGUGUCCCCAGUUGCCACCCUGGCUCCACACCCCAGGGAGUAAGCCCACCUGCUCGCCCCCUCAUAGGUGGGGGCCUCGCAUACCUGUGGCUUUGGGUCCCCAUCUCCACCCCUGCACACUCACAUGAAAGCCUUGCACACUCACCUCCACCCUCGCAGGCCACUGUGUUCUCACGCGGCCCAUCGUUAGUGGCGCCCUUUCCCCAUCCACGCGGGUCGGCUC